UUAAAAUAACAAACUUGAUAUCCAUUUUCGGUGUAACCGGAAGUGCCACCAUCUUAGAAAUAUUUUCAUUGAGCUGAAGCUAAAGGAUUAUGGCUAUAGCUAAAAUUUUAGAUAAAUAACACUUCUAAUGUUGGGUUUAACCGGAACAGUCUGUAUUUAAUCUUUUUUUACAUUUUUACACAAACACAAAAUUCCGAAAAUUAUUAUGUACUCAUAUUUUAGAUAAUAAGUGCCAAUUUGUUAGUUUUGCUUUUAAGUGACUAACUGAUAAAAUUAUUUGUUAGUCGUAAAUGUGGGUGUGUAAAAUUUACCAAGUAAAAUGUUAUAUUGUGUCGAUAUUGUCAUUCUACACUCUAGAGAGUAUUUCACAUAUCUACUAUUCUCCUAUCUAUAAUUAUUAUUUUUAUAGGGGGCGGCGGUAAUCGCCACGAUUUCUUCAAUUGGAAAUAAAAAAGCUUUUCUACACUAAAGUUAAUAAAAAAAUAUCUGAGUUCGAUUAUGUCCAAGUUGAGACUAUCAAAUUUAGUUAUUCUGGCAAUGACAUACAUUGUGAUAUUGACGCUUGUGUAAAAGAUUUUGCUUUGAAAAAAACACGAAGAGUACAUUUUUAAUUUAUUUAUUUUAAACUAACAGCUACAGAAAUAAUUAACAAUACUAGGUACCCUGUAACAUAAAUAUUUUAUUCCAUCAAGUUGAUCUCAAGUGCCCGAUUACGCACAGAUACAUCAAGGGUAAAUGCAGAAGGAUUUAUUUUUUUUAGAAUUUCACGACUGCAAAUUAUUUAUCGCAUGUAUUGAUAAACAGUAAUAAAUUUUUAUUUUUUAAUUACACCAAAAUAGAAAAGAUGUUAAAAAAACUGCAAAAUAUUCGCUGAAACAGUCAUAAAUAUGUGGACGUUACUUCUAUUUGAUUCGCCAAAAGAAAAAAGACAAUUAUUCAAGACAUAAUUUUUUGAAAUUUUCACAACCUUUACACUCCUUUAACCCGGCGCGGCGGUUUAGACUUGCAGUCAGACACGAUGUUGAUGAAUUGUUUCUAUUAUUAUUAUUUCUACUAAUUUCUUCUAAUUAUUCUAACGUUGCUGUUUCGAUUGUUCAAAAUUCGUUAUCAUUACAACAUGCAUCUUCAACGAGGAUUUACAAUCGAUAUCUACACCUUUUAAACUAAUUUUAUCAACAAUCACUAAUUGAUAAAAAACAGCAACAAAAACAAAUUCAGUUAGUGACAAAGAUGAAUUUCAGUAGAGCAAUUGGGUUAUUAUUUCUUUUUUUGGUACAAGCUAACGGCUUGCAUUUAAUCAAUGAGAAUCUCAUUCUGGAUUUGACUUUUAAAAAUAAUUCAAUUGGUUUAACUUUAACAUUAGACGAAGAAACAAAAAUUUCCGGUGAAAUCGGUUUCGAUACAAACACAAAAUUUGUGGAAAACUGUAACGGUUCUUCGGUUUGUUCUCUUAAAACCGACGAUGAAAUUUUUGCUGUUGAAAUGAUCGAUAGUGGUUUUAAAAUUUACUGGGAAAGCAGUAAUCUUGAAAAAGAAUUUCGAGAUUGUUUAGAUUUGAAUGGAAGUAAUACAAAUUGGUUCGGUGGUCCAGAAAAAUGGCAAGCUGAUUGGCCUGUAGAAAAAACUGUCAUUGAUAACAGACUUUACACGACUAUUAAAACUGAUAAUGGGGCUGUUGCUGAACGUUAUUGGUUGAAUUCGAAAGGUGGCUUUGUUUUUGUCACAGACAGAGUUCCCUUGUAUUUAGAUCAAAAUAAGAUCAGAGAAGACAGUGUUUGUUUUAUUGCAUCUGCUACUCCUCCUUAUAUAAAUAGAACAAAAGUUAUUUUGGAAUAUUAUCUUGUGGCUAAAACGGACCCAAAAGAGGCCCAUUUACAUGCAGUCAAUAACUUUUUAGGGAAACCUAAAGAACAUCCCAAUGAGUGGAUUAUUCGACACCCUAUUUGGACUACGUGGGCUAAAUACAAAUCUGCAAUAAAUGACAGUAUUGUAGUAUCAUUCGCUAAAGAUAUUGCCGAUCAUGGAUUUGUAGGCCAAAUCGAAAUUGACGACAAAUGGGAGGACUGUUAUGGUUCUUUAACAUUCAGUGAAAAUGCAUUUCCUGAAAUAAAUCAAACAGUUCAGGCCAUAAAAGACUUGAAUUUUACUGUUACCAUUUGGACACAUCCUUUUGUCAAUCAUGAUUGUGAAGAAACAGUAACAUAUGGACAACAACAUGGUUAUUUUGUGAUUGCUGAUUCUGGCAGCGACGAAACAUCUUGGUGGAAUGGUCCCACUGCUCAUCAUCUUGAUUUUUCAAAAGAAGAAGUAGCGAAAUGGUUUAGUGAUCGAUUAAAACUCCUGCAAGAAAGACACGGAAUUGACGGUUUUAAAUUCGAUGCUGGUGAAAGUGAUUAUGCUCCGUUGAACCCUAUUGUUAGCGGUGAUCCCGAAUUGAGUCCCAAUUCAUUAUCAGGAGAUUAUAUCAGAACUGAUGCUAGAUUUGGGGGCUUGACUGAAGUUAGGACUGCUUGGAGAACCCAAGACUUGCCUAUUUUUUUGAGAAUGCUUGAUAAAGAUUCAAGAUGGACCUUAAAUAACGGUCUUUAUUCUUUAAUCACGAGUCUUUUGUUGUUUAACAUAAACGGUUAUGUAUUUGUGUUGCCCGAUAUGAUUGGUGGAAAUGGUUACACAGAAAAACCAACACCGGAGCUAAUGGUGCGAUGGACUCAAGCAAACACUUUCAUGCCUGCAAUGCAAUUCAGUUACCUCCCAUGGGAAAUAACAAGCGAUGAUUUUGAUAGUCUUGAAAUAACAAAAAAAUUCGUUGCUUUGCAUGAGGAUUACGCAGAUGUCAUUAUCGAAGCAAUGAAUAACAGCAUUGCAACUGGGACUCCAGUUAACCCACCCAUUUGGUGGGUCGACCCAACUAAUCCAGAUGCACUGACAGUAAACGAUGAGUAUUUAUUGGGGGAAAAAAUUCUUGUGGCUCCUGUUGUCCAAGAAGGUGCUAUAAGUCGUGAUGUUGUUCUUCCAGUCGGGUCUUGGAAAGACGGGAAUAAUGGAACAAUUUAUGAAGGUCCUCAAAUUCUCAAGGGUUAUUCGGCUCCAAUUGACAUUCUCCCAUAUUUUAUAAAACAAUAAACCAUUGCUAAUAAAUGAAAUAAUAAAUAAAAAUUGUUUAUCGAGGU